AUCUGAUAUAUAAAAAUGAUUAGAUUCUCAUUGUAGAAAGGAUAAUAAAUAUUGAGAAAACAAUUAUAAGCAUUCUCAACUCAAUAGAAUCUCAUAGAAAUAUUCAUAGAUGAUGUACCUCAUAAAGUAUGAGCUCUAAUCUGAUAGAAUAUAGGUUGAUCCAUCAGCAACAAUAUUUUAAGCAUGUUAUUCUGCAGGUGUAAUUAUUCCAAGAUUUUGUUAUCAUGAAAGAUUAGCAGUAGCAGGAAAUUGUAGAAUGUGUUUAGUUGAAGUUGAAAAAUCACCAAAGCCUGUAUAAUUAAAUAAAUAUUCUAAAAGGUUGCAGCAUGUGCAGCUUAAGUAGCUCCAGGAAUGAGAAUUCUUACAAAAAGUGAGAAGACUAGAAUAGCAAGAGGUGGUGUAAUGGAAUUCAUGUUAGCUAAUCACCCUUUGGAUUGCCCUAUUUGUGAUUAAGGAGGAGAAUGUGAUUUAUAAGAUAUUUCUGAGCAAUAUGGGUAUUAAAUUAUUAUAUUAUUAACUCAGAUAUGGUGAUAGUAGACAUAAUGAAUAUAAGAGAGCAGUUGAAGAUAAGAAUUUUGGUCCAUUAGUAGCAACAAGUAUGAAUAGAUGUAUUCAUUGCACACGAUGUAUCAGAUUUUCAGAUGAAUAUGCUGGUGUAACUGAAUUAGGAACUAGUGGAAGAGGAAGGAAUACUGAAAUCGGUACAUACAUUGACAAAAUGAUCACUAGUGAAUUACAAGGAAAUCUUGCUGAUAUCUGUCCAGUUGGUGCAUUAACCAAUGGGCCUUAUGCAUUUACAUCAAGACCAUGGGAAUUAAAGUCAUACGAUUCUGUAGAUGUUUUUGAUACUAUCAUACCUUUUAUUUAAAUUGAUACAAGAGGAGCAGAAAUAAUGAGAAUCUUGCCAAGAAUUCAUGAAGAAGUAAAUGAAGAAUGGUUAAAUGAUAAAUCAAGAUAAGCUUUUGAUGGAUUAAAAAAAUAAAGAUUAACAUUACCUUUAGCUAGAGAUGCAUAAGGCAAUUUUACUGAUUUAUAUUGGCCAGAUGCAAUAUAAUAAGCAGCUAAAAAGUUAUAAUCUGUAAAAGGAGAAGAGAUUGUAGGAGUAAUUGGAGAAUUUGCUGAUUGUGAAUCUAUUGUAGCUUUAAAAGAUUUAUUGAAUAGAUUUGAUAGUGAUAAUUUUGAAAUUAGAGGAACUGGUGUACCUUAAUUAGAUGCUGAUUUUAGAGCUAAUUAUUUAUUAAAUUCAAGAAUUACCGGAGUUGAAGAAGCUGAUGUACUUUUAUUAGUAGGUACUAAUCCAAAAGUUGAAUCUCCAUUAUUAAAUUCUAGAAUUUUAAGAGCUACUAGAAAAAAUAACUUAAAAGUAUUUCUUAUUGGAUCAGCUAACGAUUUAACAUAUAACUAUGUUCAUUUAGGAAAUAAUGCUUCAAUCCUUGAUGAAAUAGCUAAUGGUACUCAUCCAUUUGCUGCCAGACUCAAAAAUGCUAAAUU